CUGGCUGGAGGGGAGGCUGCCGAGCGAGGGCAGGAGAACUAUUUCCAGGAACCCAGCCUCCUACCAUGUCUGACCCCAUUACACUGAAUGUUGGGGGGAAACUCUACACAACCUCACUGGCAACCCUGACCAGCUUCCCUGACUCGAUGCUGGGUGCCAUGUUCAGUGGGAAGAUGCCCACCAAGAGGGACAGCCAGGGUAACUGCUUCAUUGACCGUGAUGGCAAAGUGUUCCGCUAUAUCCUCAACUUCCUGCGGACCUCCCACCUGGAUCUGCCAGAGGACUUCCAGGAGAUGGGUCUGCUGCGCAGGGAAGCUGACUUCUACCAGGUACAGCCCCUGAUUGAGGCCCUGCAGGAAAAGGAGGUAGAACUCUCCAAGGCAGAGAAGAACGCCAUGCUCAACAUCACACUGAAGCAGCGUGUGCAAACAGUCCACUUCACCGUGCGGGAGGCACCACAGAUCUACAGCCUAUCAUCUUCCAGCAUGGAGGUGUUCAACGCCAACAUCUUCAGCACAUCCUGCCUCUUCCUCAAACUCCUUGGGUCUAAGCUCUUCUACUGCUCCAAUGGUAAUCUCUCCUCUAUCACCAGCCACUUGCAGGACCCUAACCACCUGACUCUUGACUGGGUGGCCAAUGUGGAAGGCCUUCCAGAGGAAGAGUACACCAAGCAGAACCUCAAAAGGCUGUGGGUGGUACCUGCCAACAAGCAGAUCAACAGCUUCCAAGUCUUUGUGGAGGAGGUGCUGAAGAUCGCUCUGAGUGAUGGAUUCUGCAUUGACUCUUCCCAUCCACAUGCUCUGGACUUUAUGAACAAUAAGAUCAUUCGGUUAAUCCGAUACAGGUAAAAAAGACCCUAGUCACACUGGGGAAGGAGUUCCCAAGAAGCUCAUGUCAGCUAAGGCUCUGAGGAGAGUGUCUCGCCAGUGGCACGAGGCGGGGAACUAUACUAAUCUGUAUUAAUUGCAUAGCAGGACCUGAUUCCCCAUGACAAAGUCCACCUUCUGGAAUCCACAUGUCCUCUGAACAGAACCACCUUUUCUUGCCAUUUUGAACUGGCGAUGGGUAACUUGUGAUGACAAGUUAAAAGUCAGCUGAAACAUACAAGAGCCCACGGGAAGACUUUCUGGCUUGGACAGAGAGCAGCAGUUUUCUUAUGGGCUAUCACCUACCACUAGUCAGUGCCCUCUAACCCAUCUCCAGAGAGAGCCCUGGCUGCUGAGGGGUAGAGUGGGAACAAGAGGCUCCUUCGAGUUUCCUAGGCAACAACAUGUUCAGCAAAUCAGAUCACUCCUGCUCUUUGCUCUGAGGAUGCACCCAGGCACCAGGACACCUGUGCCCAAAGGCAACUAUGUUUGGGUGUUUUAGAAUGCAAUAUGUUCCCAGAACCCUUUGUGGCUCCACUCAGGGAGAAAGUUGAGCCAUGGCAUGGCCUAGGGGAGUGAGUGUCCAGGCUUAGGCAGGAGGGGAUGGCCCUCCUGACAAGGCUGAAGGAUUCUUGGCUUCAGAUAUUGGUUGUUUCCCCUGCAAAGAUGUGAUGGUAUUGAAGCCAAGAAGAUGGAAGACACUUUAUGACCCAGCUGUUGCUUGUCCUUGCUCCAUGGAUUGCAAGUGUCACUGACACCAGUCAAUUUAAACCAAUAAUACAUUAUGAACUCUCAGGGUUGGAAAAUAAUCCAGUAGUUUCUUAGUUCUUCCCCUUCCUCUAGGAUACCCCAGUACAUGGCGGUGAGUGUCUCUUCUUGAGUAUCCUCAAGGGAUUCCUUGUGCCGGCUGGCACAAUGACAGAAUGUCCGCUGUCCCCAAGACAGUUCCUGCUAUGGUUGAGCAGUGCAGGCUAUUGGAAAGUUCUUUCAGUAUUGUCCCCAAAUCGUGCCUGUGCUAGGACUUGUUGUUAGAACUUCCUUUAUACACAGACAUGUGUCCCUGCUUUGACUAGACACUGAAGGUAUCAUUACUCAGAACUGAUUUGCAACCUGUCUUUAGCAGAAUCAGCUCCUUUCCAUCCUUGUAAGUCAAACAUCUUUCAUACGACUUCGCUUUGUUCUCAGCCCCCCAGUUCAUCAGCCUUGCCCACCAGCAUGGCUAAGCAUGCUCCUAAUUGUUUCUGGCUAGAGGAAGGUCACUGACUGAGGAGCUCUAGGGUUUUGGGAAACUGUUCAGCAAGCAGUACAGGAGUGCUGGGUAACCCCAGUGCCCCUGAGUCUUCUCUUGAGAGAGCAGUCUUCCCUCUCAUACUAUCCAGUCCUAACGACCUAUAGGCCUUCAUGGGAUACAUUAAGGACAGAAACUCCAGACACUACUCCCACAGCAGGUGAGGGGCCCUGUAGACCUCUAAACUGCACAUUGUGAUUCACUCCUGGAGUGACACUAGCAGUCAGAGUCUUACAGCCCCCACCUGAGAAGCGCUCCAGACACAGCUAGGGAAGCCUGGAACUGGCAUCCACAGGCAGACAGAGCAAAGGACUUCCAUAGUUACACCCUGUGAGUGGGACAUUCACAAAGUUAGAGGCAAAGCUUGGUCCUGAGGCAAUAAAGGCCUUUCUCUCCCUAUAGUGGGACUCAGGAGCCUAUGUGGCUGUCUUGAGCCGCUGCACCAUUGGUACUCUGGAAAGCUCUUCAGAGAAUCCAAUCAGGACAAGCAGAUCUGUGAUCAUAUUCAAGUAAGUCAAGGUCGAAACCUCAGAAAUCAACACUGCCCCCCUUUUUCUCCCCAUAAACCUUUGCUUUCCCCAUCUGUUUUGGUGCUUCCUAACUCAAUAGCUUGAUCCUAGGGCAAGUACAGAACCUGUUGAGCCACUAACAUACUAUGUGACUAUACAAGUCACUCACCUCACUGAGCCACCUCCAUUUCUUCAUCUGUGAAAUGGGCAUAUAGUAAUACAUAACCCUACCUACCUCACAGGACUGUUGUGAGGAUCAAACAAAAUAAUGUAUGUGAGAAUAAAUGAUAAAUGAU